CCGCGCAGAAAGCAGCUGCGUGCGAGCGGACUGCCACAGAGGAGGAGCUUUCGGCCGCAGUCUAAGAACACGGAGGACACAGUGCUGGUCCUGAGGGGAGCGCCAAUGGCCGCCCAAGUUACCCAAGCGGACUGUCUUCUUCAUUUGGUGCAUGGAACUGGAGCUAGCUUCCACUUCAGGAUUUAGGUUUAUAGGAAGAAAACAGAGGUGGGAAGCCACAGACUAGAAGGAACUGAAGACGUCUUUCGGUCAUUCCUACUGAACUAGGUUAUAUCUAACUGGAAUGAACUUCCUUUUGCCUCUUUGCUUUAACUACCAAGGAAUGUGAGCCUUGUUGGGUGUCCUCCAGGGAGCCCUUCCCUGACACAGCCCCUUUCCCCUCUUCCCCCCUUCCUGAUAUAGAUCAGCUCCUGGUGACUCAUUUGCCCUUACUUCCUGGCCCUUUCAGAGCCCAGGCCUGUGUUUGAAACCUGACAUUGUAAAGACGCUUCCUACUUUUGGAGGAGAGGCUCUUCUUCCAGGUGCCUGCGUGGAUUUGUGUUCCUCUUGAAAAGAAUGGCUGAUGUGUGCACCUGGCCUUUCUCCCCUAGGGCUUAGCAGUGGCCACCAUGGGUUCUGUGAAUUCCCGAGGUCACAAGGCAGAAGCCCAGGUGGUGAUGAUAGGCCUCGACUCAGCUGGCAAGACCACGCUCCUGUACAAACUGAAGGGCUACCAGCUGGUGGAGACCCUGCCCACUGUUGGUUUCAACGUGGAGCCGCUCAAAGCCCCGGGGCAUGUGUCUCUGACAAUCUGGGAUGUCGGGGGGCAGACCCAGCUGAGGGCCAACUGGAAGGACUACCUGGAAGGAACAGAUGUCCUCGUGUAUGUGCUGGAUAGCACAGAUGAAGCACGCUUGCCCGAGGCCGUGGCUGAGCUCGUGGGAGUCCUGGACGAUCCACACAUGGCCAGUGUCCCUUUCUUGGUGCUGGCCAACAAGCAGGAGGCGCCCGGCGCUCUGCCGCUGCUUGGGAUCAGAGACAGGCUGGGCCUGGAGAGAUUCCAGGACCGCAGCUGGGAGCUCCAGGCCUGCAGUGCCCUCACCGGGGCCGGGCUGCCGGAGGCCCUGCAGAGCUUGAGAAGGCUCCUAAAAUCCCGCUGCCACUGUGUUCCCACGUGAGUGCAGGUGCGGCAGGGAGUGGGGAGAGCAAGAAGACUGGGUCUGGGCAGAGCAGCGUGUCUGUGCCCAUACGAACUGAAAGCAGCAGCUGGUCCUUGAGAAUCUGAAACUCAGUUUGUCAAAGAAGUCCUUCUGUGCUUGGACAGGAUAUUUUCUUCUUGGGGCUUAUUGUCACUAGUGUUUAUGCUGAAAACUAACUAUUCUUUGAAUAAUAACACUCUAAGGGGGAAAAAUGCCUCGACAUGCUUCCUUUAAUAACUCAUUACCAAGGGUGAACUGAGCAAUUGUAAUAGAACAAUGAAUGGUCGCAUUACAAUUAAACCUAAAUUCACAGAGGGAAAGGUUUCAAAAUCAGAUUAGAAUAUCAUCUGGACAUGGUCACGAUGUUAAGAGUGAUUUUUCCCUGGUGCCCUGGGUUUGUGCCGUGAUCACUACGCGUACAAGCAACCAGGGCAAGCAGAGUUGGGUAGGUGACUCUGUCCUCAUGGAAUCUUGGGUUUAGGAGUUCGCUGGGGCAGUUGGCCCUGGGCAAGAGGCUGGGAGUUGGGGCCUUCCAAAAUGUAUCCUUUUCUCUGACCCUGAUGAACUCUUCUCUACCUUUUAUCAUCUUGUAUUGGUCUUUUUAUAAAAUGCUUCAUUUUUAUCUUUUUUUUCUCUGUGCAGUACCUAUCUUUCCUUAAAGGUCAAUCAAGGAUUUCAUUCAUUCAUUCAUUCAUUCAAUUAACAAAUAUGUAGAGCAUUGAAUUUGGGCAAAUGGCACUGAGUUUUUAGUUAUGAAUCAGGCCCUUGAGAUGGGAGGUGUGAAUUUUGAGGAUACAUGUAACAGAAAUGCUUCUUUCUCAUUAUU